CUAUCGACUAAAUUGUGAGCUUUGAUAAACAGAAUAAAAAUAAAAUCUUAAACUAUAAAUUUGCAUAAGACUUGAUAAGAUUAUGAUAAUAAUAUUACACCUAAAUUUAUUGUAAUAUAUUUUUAUUUCCUUCUCUUGAGAUUUAUACCACUUGGUACUUAUCACCUUGAUUCAAACACGUCAUAUUUUCAAAAAAUCAACCAGCGAACAUAAAUGAAUUAUAAAUAGAGCUCAAUUUAGACAAGUUUUAGCCUUUAAUACCUUAAGUUUAACUUAACUGAAUAUAAAUCGUUUAGCUCUGAAUUAUUAGUAAUAAACUUCUUUAUCAAAGUCCAUCAAUCAAUGGACGAAUUACUUUCAGAAAUUGAAGCCGACCAAGAGUGGUCAAAUGAUAAUGAAAUAAAAAUAUUAGAAAGUUUCAAUUAUUUAAAUAAAAUUCAAGGUAAAGACUUUAGGAAUAAAUUAAUUGAUGCUUUUAAUGUUUGGUUAGCUGUUGAUAGUCAUUAUAUUCUUGUUAUUUCUGCAGUUAUCAAUAAAUUACAUAACGCUAGCUUACUGAUCGAUGAUAUUGAAGAUCAUUCUGAUAAGCGUAGAGGUUUCCCUGUCGCUCAUCGUAUCUUUGGUACCCCUUCAACUAUAAACACAGCGAAUUAUAUCUACUUUUUAGCUUUAGACCAAUUGAGGUCUUUAAAUAACUCAUCUUUAAUCGAUAUCUAUAACGAUGAAUUGAUCAAUCUACACAGAGGUCAAGGUAUGGAUUUAUAUUAUAGGGACAAUUUCAUUUGCCCUUCAAUAAGUCAAUACCUUCAAUUGGUUAAUAAUAAAACUUCUGGCUUAUUAAGACUAUCUAUAAAGUUACUCUUGACCUUCUCCUCAUUUGAGAAAAACCUUAUCCCUCUGAUUAACAAGAUUGGUAUUCUUUUUCAAAUUAGAGAUGAUUAUUUAAACCUAUUCGAUUCAAAUAGCUUAAAUAAAAGUUUCGCAGAGGACAUAACCGAAGGAAAAUUUUCUUUUCCGAUUAUUCAUGGAAUUCUAACUGAUAAAGAUUCUAUUAAGAUAAUUAACAUACUUAAGCAAAGGACCAAAGAUCAUGAUUUAAAGUUAUACCUCAUUGACUACUUAAAAACACGAACUAAUUCAGCAGAAUUCACUUUACAAGUUAUAAGAAAAUUACAUUCACAAUCAAUUGAAUUAAUAAAUAAUUUAGGUGGUAACAGCCUGUUAGUAAAAAUACUUGAUGACCUUCUAUUGUAAAUCUAGUUUCACUCACUUCAUUAUUCACAAGC